AUGACGGUUCACCUGUUUGGAGCCUCAUCAUCUCCCAGUGUUUGCAACUUUGCUCUUCAGAAAACUGCAGAGGACAGUCAAAAACGGUUUCCCCAAGAAGUUCAGGACACACUGAAAAGAAAUAUGUAUGUCGAUGACUGUCUGACCUCCGUUGCUACAGAGAAGAAGGCGAUUAGUCUUAUACAUGAUGUGACUCAAAUGUGUAAAUCCGGAGGAUUCCGACUUACCAAAUGGACGAGUAACAGUGAUGUGGUUGUGGAAUCUAUUCCAGAGGGUGAUCGUGCCCAAGAAGUCAAGUUGUGGAGUCUGGAUAGUAAGCCACCUAUCGAAAGAGCUCUCGGAGUUUAUUGGUUCAUGGAGAAUGACUCCCUUGGAUUCCAAAUUCAGAUGAAAGACAAGCCCGUUACUAGAAGAGGUAUUCUAUCAGUAACCAGCUCAGUGUACGAUCCUUUAGGAAUUGCAUCCCCGUUUGUUCUUAAGGCCAAGUCAAUUCUGCAAAGACUUUGUAGGGAUGGUAAGGGAUGGGAUGAGGAGAUCACAGGAAAAGAUCUGAAGGACUGGACCGAUUGGCUGCUUCAGCUACCUGAACUAGAGCAUGUUACCAUUGAUCGGUGUUACAAAGGGAAAAACCUCGGCAAGGUAACCUCCUGUCAACUUCAUGGUUUCGCAGAUGCAAGUGACAUUGGAUAUGGAAUGGUAUUCUAUCUUCGACUCGUUGAUGUCACUGGAAAGAUCCACUGCUCGUUCUUGUUCGGGAAGGCGAGAGUCGCACCACUGAAGGCAGUGACUAUACCCCGGAUGGAACUUACAGCUGCCUCUUCUCUAGUGAAGUUGGUCAGGAUGGUGACAGAACAGCUGAAUUACAACAUAGAUCGAUUCUUCUUUUGGACUGACAGCACUUCAGUCUUAAGGUAUAUCGCAAACAAGAAUUUGCGCUUCCACACGUUCGUAGCUAACCGCAUUGCUCUUAUCCACGAAGCUACGUCGGAAGAUGACUGGUAUUACAUCAACACUAAGGAGAAUCCAGCUGAUGUUGCAUCAAGAGGAACGAGCAUUUCGAAGUUGCCUGACUCGUGGACUCGUGGACCAAUGUUCCUCUGGAAAUCCGAACGUGAAUGGCCCGUUGUGGAAAAGGAUGUUAAGAUCACGGAUAAAGAGAAUGAUCCUGAAAUAAGGACGACUGCGUGCGCUACAUCAGUUGUUUUAGACACAAACAGUGGUGUCGAAAAUCUUUUCGACUAUUACUCCAACUUUAAUAAGCUUAGGAGAGCUACUGGAUGGCUUAUGAGAGCUAUGGACAACCUGCAGUGA